AUGGGGAUCCCAUCUCCUCCACCAUCAGCCGGUCUAACCCCCAGCACCUGGGGCAGCACCCAAGGCCAAACGGAACACCGAACCCCCCGACCCAGUCCAUCCCCCGACACCCGCCCCCGCCGCACCUCCAUCAUAGCCCAGCUCCAAGCGCGGCGCACCUCGGGCUUUGUAGGAUUCGCGGGGAAAUGUCUCGCAAUCCUCCUCAUCCUUACCUUUCUCGGGACUGGUGCCUACGGCGGGAUGUUUACGGGGUUCACUAAUGGGUUCUUUGCUGCUCUUACCAAGAUCAAGACCGGCGGCCCCUCGGCCGUCGCCGGUUAUGAGUUGAAGCAGGUGUAUACGAGGGUAGACGCGAUUGAUAAGAUUUUGGUUACGCUGGUGACGUUUUUUGCUGCUUGGUUGGAUGCUGGAGGGCCGGAUAUGGGAAAGGGGAAGUGGGAGGGGCCGUGGCUGGAGGGAUUUCACUUGGUGAAGGGAGAAGAGGGGGGAAGGACGUGGGAGGUUGAUGUGCCGCUCUGGGCGGCUCUGGUGCAGUUUGCGGGUGCUUGGGGGUUGGUGAGUGUGGAGGGAUCGAGGAAAGGGAAUAAGGGGGGGUUGGCGAGGGUGGUUGGUUGGACUGGAUUCUGGGGAAUGGGUAUGCAGUUACUGUCAUACACCAUUGCUGGCCCGAUUUACUUUAUCAUUCAUUUGUUCACAUCACCUGUGGCAAGCGGCAGCGAUGUCGAUGCGUUGGUCGUCAACGCGGGGGAUAUGGCUCUGCUGCCGGCGUGCAUCACGAUGGCUUUCCUCGUUCCAGCCUUCAUGAUGGGGUUACCAAGCCCCCAGCUCAUCCCGCAAGCUGAGCAUCAGAACUGGAUGGCUACCUGGCAGGUAUUCCCCAUUCUGCAGGCUAACUUGAUGUUCUUCCUCAAGAGCUUGUUUGGUUCUUCCGGUGCUGGCUCAGAGGGGAACAGCAACAAGGUUAUUGGGAGGAAAGCGGCCGGCGCAAGCCCAGUGUACAAGUUUACUAUGACCCUCUGCGUGGUCGCUCAGUUGGGCUUCCUGACCAUUGCGCUGACGCCGCCCACUGCGUUACCAGCAAGCUUGGCUGCCUCUUACCCGUGGCUUUCGGCGAUAUUGAAGGAAGUGAACAUCGAUUCGGGUAUCCCUAGGGCGCUGUGGGAUCCGCCGUCUCUGGACGUGUCGAGCUUGGAGAAGAUCCGGAUGGCGUGGUUGGGGCCGUUGGCGAAGCACUUUCUGCAGUGGGAUGUUUACAGUGGUAACUUUGCGCUGCUCACUUGGGCUGUGUACCAGUAUUGGGCGGCUGGAGUCGGUGGUGGAAAGCGAUUCGGCAAGGCAUUGGGAUGGUUCGUGCUUGGAGGACCGGUCGCGACAGCGGCGUAUCUUUUGUGGGAGAGAGAUGAAGCGGUUGUUGCAAGAGAUGAUGAUCGGGGAAGGAGGAGAAGUCGGUAA